AAAUGAGAAAAAACAAAAGGCUCGGCCCAGUUAGCGGAAAUCGAUAGGAGCUUAGACCCAAACCCAUUUUUCUCGGAAGAAAAUUCCUUCCAUAUCAGAUUUUGAUGACAAAGACUUAUAAAGGACAGAAAUAUCAAAUAUGGGAAGUGAAAACUGACAAGAACUGAGAAAGAAAGAAAGAAACAAGAGAAAAACCAUGAGCGGAUUGGCUUCAGCUUCAACACCCAGUUCUACUUUCUUCUCUAUUCAACAAUCUACGAUUCAAAGAAGGCGUUAUAUCAAUCCAUGUAACUCAGUUGUGAUUCCUUCUACUCAGUUUUGUUCCUCAGAUCUCAGCCUUAAAAGUUGUUGCUUUGGUAGGGCCAGAGUGGCUCAGAGAAGCAGUGUUAUCUGCCCAAGUAGCGCUGGACCUGGUGCUCCUGGUUCAGGUGAUAAUGAAAGCAGGAAUGUUUUGGAUGCAUUUUUCCUGGGGAAGGCUCUAGCUGAAGCACUGAAUGAGCGAAUUGAGUCUACAGUUGGGGAGAUUUUGAGUGCAGUUGGUAGGUUGCAGGCUGAGCAACAAAAACAAGUAUUGGACUUCCAGGAAGAGGUGUUGGAAAGGGCUAAAAGAGCCAAAGAUAAAGCAGCACGUGAGGCGAUGGAGGCACAAGGCCUGAUCCCAAAGUCUACUGCUGUAAGUGCAACAUCAGUCACCAAUGGUACUGCGUCUAAAGUUUCAUCCUCAACUGCCGAUGAUAAAAUUUCAGCAAAUUCACCCUCCUACGAUCCGGCCACCCCUGAUGCUAAUACAGACCCUGGACCUGCUAAAAUAAAAUGAUGCCAAUUAUCCCCAUUUGUCGUACUUUUCAUCCGAUAUAAAAGAUCUAUUGUACCAAAUAAAUAUCCAGGAUGUUUUUUUUAAUCUGUAGACUUUUUUGAUUGGUCGACCCAAACCACAAAAUCGCUUUGUUAUUCAAGCAUUCAACGAUCAAAUAUCAUAUCCUUGUCCACCACCUAUAAACAUAAUAGAGUUUAUUCCAAGGGUUUCUGCAUCUUUUACAAAUCAGAUUAGUAAUGGUAAUGUGAGAUGUGAAUGAUGAACAAUUUUUUCAUUUCCUUGUGUUCUUGGUCUUGCUUGCAGCCAAGUGGGGAGAAUUUAUAUUUGCCCC